UCACAUGUUUGCGGGUCACGUCAACAAUAUUUGUCCACAUGGUGAUACAUGUGUACUUUAAGGUACUUGUGUGUUUUAACUAGGCUUUGCGCUUUAUUUAUGUCGGUUUUCAAAACUUCUCUUUGCACUUUAGAAACGUUAGCUUCUCUUAGCCAAGCUAACCGGAUGUAGCCUUCAUUUUUGAAACAAGGCUAGCCGGCGGAAUUUAAUGCUAUCCACCUCUCGUUGUCCUGCUCACAGUCACACGUUUUGACUUUUAAUUCGUUGUCAUGAAGGGCAAAUGGAAGGGGAAAGAAGGACAAGGCAAAAAGAAGAAGGGAAAUGAAGUUCUGCAGAAGUACAUGGUGGCAGUAGGUGACUUUGUGAAAAGUAAAAGUGGCACAGAAGAAGAAGGAGUAAAAGGAGGAGAGGAUGACCGUGGCUUCAGGUUUGUUAAAAAGAAAAGCAGAAAGGAGCAACGCAAAGAAAAGCGAAAACUGAAAAAAAUGAAAAUGAAAAGUCAUUAUGAGGGUAAAAAGAUAACCAGUUUACCCACUGAUGAGGGUGAACAUUCAGGAAUACAAGCUGAUAAAAAGCCACAGCUACAGAAGAAGGAGAAAGUAAAGAAAGAGGUUUCAAAAAAACAAUCAAACAAGUCCACUAAUGCCCCUACAGAGAAAUCAGAGACCUCUAAAACACCAUCAUCUUCCAAGGCAGGUAAGAAAAAAUUGAAUAAGCUUCAGGAGUCAAGAAAGAUGGCUCUUUUGGAAGCAAAUGAACAAGAGGACAGAGAAAUAAAGAAGUUAGAGCGUUGCCUCAGAUUAAACAAGAGAAAAAAUAAGAAAAGCCUCCCACAGUCAUUUGUGGCUGAUGGACUUGAUUACAUCCUUGGUGUUCUCGACUCUGGCGUUUCGGCUGCAGGGAUGUAUGACAGUGAGGAUGACAUGGACAUGGCCAAAGAUAACUUUGAAAAGCUUGAUAAGAAUGACACUCAGCUGUCAGAUGAGGAUGAAGAACCAGAAGAUGAUGAGAUGGCAAGUGAAGGCAGUGAUGAUGAUGAUGAUGAUGAUGAUGAUGAUGAUGAUGAUGAUAUGGGUUCAUGUGACGAAAACGAGGAUGUGGAGGAGGAGGAUGAUGAUGAUGAAGAAGAAGUUAUUAAUGAUGAGGAAAUGGAGGAUGAGCUGGAGGAGAGUGAUGCUGCAGACUCAGAUGAUGAAAAUGAGGGGGACUCAGAUGAUGGAAAUGAGGAGGACGCAGAGGAAGAAGCAGAUACUCCUGACACAAAGACAUCGGGAUCAAACUCAGGAGCUGUUACCCCUGCAUCAGGAAAGUAUGUGCCACCUCAUUUGCGCAACAUGGGUGAUGAUAAACGCAAAGCUGAACUUGAAAAAUUGAAGAGGAAUGUGAAAGGACUCAUAAACAGGCUGAGUGAGCCCAACAUGGCAUUCAUCAGUGGUCAGCUAGAGGAGUUGUACAUGAGCUGCAGCAGAAAGGACAUGAAUGAUGCCGUAACAGAGUUGCUGCUAGCGGCCUGCGUCACCCCAGCCCUGAUGCCUGACAGACUACUGAUGGAGCAUGUCCUGCUUGUCAGCAUCCUCCAUCAUGCCGUAGGGUUGGAGGUGGGAGCUAAUUUCCUGGAGACAGUCGUGCGGAAGUUUGACGAGUUGUACAAGAACCCAAGUGAGAGCAAAGAGUGUGACAACCUGGUUGCUAUUGUUGCUCACCUCUAUAACUUCCAAGUAGUGCACUCCGUCCUCAUUUUCGACAUUCUAAAACUUUUGGUGGGAUCCUUCACGGAGAAAGACAUUGAACUAGUUUUAUUUGUGCUGAGGAAUGUCGGCUUUGCCCUGAGGAAAGACGAUGCUCUGGCUCUCAAGGAUCUCAUCUUUGAAGCCCAACGCAAGGCCAGCGAAAUUGGGGCAAAGUUUCAGGAUCAAACCAGAGUACGUUUCAUGCUAGAAACCAUGCUGGCUUUGAAGAACAAUGACAUGCGGAAGAUCCCAGGCUACGAUCCUGAGCCUAUGGAGAGACUGAGGAAGUUACAGAGAACGCUAAUCCACCGGAGUGCAGGAGGCAGUGACAUGAAACUGAGGGUCUCACUGGAAAAUCUCCUAGCAGCAGACCAAGUGGGCCGCUGGUGGAUUGUCGGAUCCUCGUGGAGCGGAGCGCCCAUGAUCAAUGAACAAAGCAACACAACCUCAAAACAGAGUACUUCUGACGCACAGUUUAGCGCCAAAGUUUUGGAGCUGGCUAGGAAACAAAGGAUGAACACAGAGGUCAGAAGAAACAUCUUCUGCGUGCUUAUGACCAGCGAGGAUUACCUCGACGCAUUUGAGAAACUGCUGAGGAUGGGCCUAAAGGACAAGCAGGAGAGAGAGAUCGUCCAUGUUCUGAUGGACUGCUGUCUGCAGGAGAAAACCUUCAAUGCAUUUUACGCCGUGCUGGGAGAGAAGUUCUGCUUGCAGGACCGACGCUUCCAGAUGACUUUCCAGUUCAGCCUAUGGGACAAAUUCAAGGAACUGCCCAACCUUCCCAGCAGCACCUUAAACAACUUGGUCCAGCUGGUUACCAGGUUCUUUCAGAAGAAGUGCCUCUCACUCUCCAUACUUAAAGUAAUAGAGUUUGGAGAACUAGACAAACCCACAGUGCGCUUCUUGCGGCAGAUGCUGACCAAACUUCUAAAAGAAACUGAGCCUGAGGAUCUAGUCAGCAUAUUUGGAAGGAUUUCAGGAAUUCCCAAGUUAGGAAUGCUGCGGGAGGGCUUGAAGCUUUUCAUCAGCCACUUCCUGCUGAAGAAUGCCCAGUCACAGGGACCAGCUGAGCAAGCAGCCAUGCUGUCAGAGCGCGCUCAGGUCGCCACCAAAGCCAUGGAGGCCAAAGAGGCCAAGCUCAAACUGUAAAACACACACAAACACAUGCCAGAAACCCUAAAGAUGUACGUAACAAAAGGACGCUUGUUGAAGUGAAAUUGCUCCUAAUACUAUGAACACAAACUCACAGUUUACACGAAGAGGAAAUAAGAAUAUUUUUUCAUUGAACUGAGUUUUUGUUUGGAAAGUUCUUGGAAAAAAUUAUUACCAUGAAGAUUUUUAAAUCUGGAACAUGGCAAAGAUGCUUUCAAACACACACUGUUCUCAAUACUAUGUAUAUUAUUACAUAGUGG